GCUGGGGAAGCUCAGCCUGGAGAAAAGGAGGCUCAGGGGGGCCCUUCUGGCUCUGCACAACUCCCUGACAGGAGGGGACAGCCGGGUGGGGUCGGGCUCUGCUCCCAGGGAACAAGGACAGGACAAGAGGACAGGCCCUCAAGCUAAGCCCGGGGAGGUUUCGGCUGGACAUUAGGAAGAAUUUCUUCACAGAAAUGAUGAUUAGACGCUAGAAUCGGCUGCCGAGGAAGGCGGUGGAAUGAGUCACCGUCCCUGGAGGUGUUUAAGGAAAGACUGGACAUGGCACCGAGGGCCCCGGUUCAGUUGCCGCGGUGCUGCUCGGUCACAGGCUGGAUCUGUGAUCUCAGAGCUCCUUUCCGACCCAAAUGACCCCGUAAUUAAUUCCGCAAUUCGCUCAUUCCGCCAUUCCGUGUGCCGCUCGCGCCGGGCCCGCCCCGCACGCGCUGCGUGACAGCGCCGCGCCCGCCCCCGGGCGGGGCCGGACCCGCAGCUCCGCGGCCCCUCAGAUACCACGUUGCCUCAGAAGACAGGACAGAUAUCCUCCAGAACAGCCAUGAGCAGUUACUGUAAAGUCCUGGGAAUUUUCUUACUCUUUCUUCAAAGUGCACUGUCUCUCCAGCCAGCCCAGCCCAGAGUGCUGCUGGUGUCUUUUGAUGGGUUUCGGUGGGAUUACAUCUACAGAGUGUCCACUCCCAAUUUUCACUAUGCCAUGAAGAACGGGGUGCACGUCAGGCAGGUCACCAAUGUGUUCAUAACGAAGACGUACCCCAACCACUACACCCUGGUGACUGGGCUCUAUGCAGAGAGCCACGGCAUCGUCGCUAACGAGAUGUAUGACCCUGUCCUGAAUGAAACCUUCUCCCUGAACAAAAUGAACACCCACAAUUCCAAGUUCUGGGAAGAGGCCAGCCCAAUAUGGGUGACGAACCAGAGGGAAGGACACAGAUCUGGUGCUGCUAUGUGGCCUGGAACAGAUGUGAAGAUACAUGGAGUCUUGCCGACACAUUACAUGCCCUACAAUGAAUCUGUUCCCUUUGAAGACAGGGUAGCAAAGCUCAUUGACUGGUUUACAUCAGAAGAACCCAUAAACUUUGGUCUCCUGUACUGGGAACAGCCUGAUGAGAUGGGGCACCUUCUGGGCCCAGAAAACCCACUUAUGGGAGCAGUAAUCAGUGACAUUGACAGAAAACUGGGAUAUCUCAUUUCUGAACUGAAGAAAGCGAAGCUGUGGGAUGCAAUAAAUGUCAUAGUCACAAGUGAUCACGGAAUGUCACAGUCGUCCUCAGAAAGGCUCAUUGAGCUUGAUCAGUACGUGAGCAGAGAGCUCUAUGAAGUCAUCGACCACACUCCUACCGUAGCCAUUUUGCCAAAAGAAGGCAAACUGGAUGAAGUAUAUGAAGCUUUGGCCAACGCUCAUCCCAACAUGACUGUAUAUAAAAAGGACCAGAUUCCAGAUAGAUUUCAUUACAAACACAACAGUAAAAUUCAGCCUAUCUUAGCAGUGGCUGAUAACGGAUGGGAAAUUGUACAUAACAAGACUGAAGGUUUUCUAAUUGGCAAUCAUGGAUAUGACAACACUCUACCAGAAAUGCAUCCCAUUUUUUUGGCAGUUGGGCCAGCUUUCAGAAAGAAUGCCACCAAACAAUUCAUGAAUGCUACGGACUUGUACCCCUUACUGUGCCAUCUGCUUGGCAUCAGCCCACUGCCCAACAAUGGUUCCUUCAAUGCUGUGAAGGAUAUACUUGCUGAGAAAGUUCCUGGAGCCCGUGGAGCAGAUUCCUAUUCCACUGUUGUAGGAGUCUUCCUGGGCAGCUUGCUCGUUCUGGUUUUCACUGCAGUUUUUGUUAAGCAUUUUGUCCUUGCCCAAGCAAAUUCCAUGCAAAUCCGACACACUGAAGCUGCCCAGCCACUGCUGCAAGAUUAAUAACACCUGGGAUUAUUUCCUGUUUGAGGCUUAAAAUAAGCCUAUAAAAAGAAAAUAAACAAUGGAGGUGGAUCAGCAUGAGUAUGUGGAGUGAAAAGAGAUGGAUGCUGAUCCAUUGGUACCCUGGGGCAUGAACAGACCAGGGAUGGAGAGAGAGCAUAUUCCUGUUUCACCCUGCAGCCACUUCAUCUUCCAGGGCUUGAAGAUAUCCUAGGUAAAUCUGGGAAGCUCUGUGUGUAUGUAGACCUGUAGUGACAAUAGACCUCAAAUACCUUAUUAUGGCUAUUUUUAGGGAAAUAACAUCAACUGGGUUGCACUUCACAGACUAUUAAUGGUAAUUUAAUUUCCCACCCUCUUUUUUGUUUUAUUCUUUGAGGAUUUUUUUGAGUCUCUUUGAUUUUAACAAGUCACUGAAUGGUACUUAACCUCUUUGUUAGUAUUUUUCUUCCCUGCCCAAGGAAGCUUUUGCAUGGAUCACCAUUACAGAUAACUUGAUUAAGGGUUAAAUCCUUCAGGAAAGAACAUUAUUAUUCAGCUAGGUCAUGCAGUGCUAGGUGUCUAAAUUUAGAGUUACAUAUAUUACUUCAAAUUCCCGUCUUAACUGUAGACCCAAAAUACAAAUCUUAAGUGGUAUUGCCUUUAGCAAUCAGCAUUAAACUGCUUGAUUCUUAAUGUUUUAAAAAUUUAUUUAAGUAAAUAUAGGUUUUUGCCACUUUAGAUACGAUUUCAGAUAAAUGUAGGUCUUUACUUUUUCUAUUUCCUGUACACUGCACUAAAUUUUCUAGGACUUCCAUGCAGCUGGCAGGAUAAAGACACGUACAAGCACCACACCUGUAUAUCCAAAUGGAGUCUUCUAUUUCUGUGGUACUAAGGGAGGUGAAUAAGUUAAGGAACAAGGAUGCUCCAGCUGGUUUCAGAGUGUUGUCAGUCUUGUUCCUGGUCUGCUACUGAACAUUCUGAGUUUGACUUGUGUCUUGGGCUUUGUCUGCUCUGUCUGGGUGGGUCUUGGAAUGGGAUGAUCAGGAUUACAGUUUAAGGGGCAGCUAUAUAAAUCUUAAGCCAUAUGUGUUCUUAAAUCUGAAAAAGCACAUUUUAAUAAUUAAAGAAAAGGUGUAGGACUGGAGUUUAUUUUUCCAGAGGAAAACUUCUGUCAGGGAAAAAUAUUAAUCCUGAAUCAACAAAGGCACAUAUUCUUAUUCUUUUGCUUGUGGCAAUAAAUCUUGCUAGUGUAGUUGUGGGGUUUUUUUGUGAGCUCACUUAAGUGGUGAGAAUCUGCUGACUAAAGUUUGUAUGAAAAACAUUCUGUAGCUGUUGAGAAAAGUUAUCUAAUGUCAGACUUCUCCCCUUCUCCCUGUGAGAUGAUAGUAUUUCUCAGCACUUCAUUGCUGAGUACAAUGCCUGAAGGAGAAAGAAACUUUCAAAAUUAGUAAAGUAGCAGAUUAGGUAUUUUUAAAUUCAAUUUAUGUCUGUAUCCACACCCCCCAGCAGAGGACAAGGAUGUAGAUGUGCUCUGCCAAAUCAAGGGUGUGACUGACAGGCAGUACUGCAAGGCGAGGGCUGGGGUACAAAAUUCCUUUUGCUGGGCUAAAUUCCAGACUUAAUGAAGAUCUGUUGCGCUCCUCUGUGAUGGCAGGGACACUCACUUGGCACCAAGCUGCCUUGCAGACAGAUGUGGACAUUUCCAGAGGCCACAUUUGGGUGCAGCGAAUGCUUCCAAGGGAAGGCAAUGAAAUAGCUCAACUUAAGGGUUAUGCUGAAAGUUCAGCUGUAACAGUAACUUUAGGAAAGCAGAAAAAUGCAAGUCUAAAAAAAAGACAGCCCUUGAUUUGGGGGAUGUGGAUGAAAUCCUGUCAACUCCAGAUGACUCGGUGCUGUUACUGUGCUGUGAACUGCCUUGUUUUCCUGCACUGCCAUUUUCUUAAGAAAAAACUGAAGGAAAAGGUCUGUAAGGCUGGUUCUUAGUGCAGCUAGCCAUCAGCUGUGCCUAAAGUUGAAUUUGCUGGCACAGGUAAAACUGAGUGCUGCACAGGCUCCAGCUGAACCACACCAGUUCACAGCAGUUUUCAGAGACCUGAAGUCUGAGCACAAAACCCAAACCUCUGAGUUGUUACUAAUCCCUUCCAAAAAGUGGAUGGCACACAGCAAAUGGAUGCACUGAGUCCACCUUUUCUUGCUUAUUUGCAGCUUAAAGAUGAAUUGUAGCACAAAUGGACUGUGUGUUUAAAAGGAGAUCUGCAGGCUUUGUUAAGGCAGUAACAGUGACAACAAUGCCAUAACCCUCACCUGUAGCUUCUGCACUUUGGAACAUGUUGCUGUAGUAGAAAUUCUUCUUAUUGCUGUAAUUUCAUAGCAGUGAUCAUGGCAGAUGUAAAAAUAACUGGGUUGUAAUCUCAGAGCUUUUCCUUAAACCCCACUUUAAUUGUAGCAAGCGUUGUUCUAUCAUCAGCCAAAGUGACCCUUGAUUUUAAGGACGGGGCAGUUUGUGUUGAUCAGUCAUUUGGGACUUAGAUUUACCUGCCCAAAUAGGCAACAAGGAUAGAGCAGUAGGUUUCCUCCAACAAAGGGUUUGGGAACAAUAAUACUCAGAAUGGGCUGGGGACACGAAUGUGAGAAUUGUUGAUGUCAUUGUUCUGUAUUGCACUGUGAGGCCCUUCUUUGAGGAGGGCAAAAUAAAACCUUGUAAAAAAAAUUAAGGGAAUCUUGUAGCAUUUGGGUAUUUCAGAUUAGGGUCAAACAUUUCAUUUAUUCUUAAGUGUAUUUGCAGGUAGCUCUUGGGUAGUUCCUUUUUAGGACAUUUGCCCAACUGUUUUAAGUUAGCUUAAUGGGAGUGAGCUUAAUGAAAUUGAAAGCACAGAUGAUGCCACUGGAGAAAAACAGCUAUUUUUUCUCUGAUGUGACAUUUUGUCAGACACCUUUUUGGGUGGGGGGGACAUGGGAUUUGGUUUCUCUGUAUAUGAGACUUUCUAUGAUGUACAAACAAGUUUAUUGGAAGGAGAAUUUGAGUAGACUGGGUACUGCUUGUAAUUUAAACUUGGAAACCAAGAAUGAUGUAUGGUGUGUUUCAUUACUGACCUGUGGAGCAUACAGAUGUCAAAUGUUUUCUUUGUUUCUUCUUGUUUGGAAAUGCUGAAGUUAAAAUACAUCUUUGCUAUAAUGCUGUCAAGCAUGGAGUGCUGGCUUCAUUUAAAACACUUCAGGAAAACAAAGUUGAACUGGGGGGAGAUUGUUGGGGGAGAACGUUUUCAACUUGUAUGCAUCCCAGAUAUUCUCUGGACUCUGCAAAGUGUAUGCCUUUGUUAAAAAUAACUGGAAGUGUGAUAGAACUUUGGAAUUUUAGGUCACAGUUCUUAUAUAACAGACUUCUUGUUUCCCACCUUGCUGCCAUAUAUGGAAGAAACAGCUAUCGGUUACCAAUAGUGGGAAUCCAGUUUCUUUAACUAAAAAAAAAAUUCUUCCAGACUUGGUCAAAAGCUGCAGUAAUGCUGCUACAAGAAAUGCACUCAAAAAAAAAAGGAAAAAAAAAGAAAAGCAGAAAAAUUAGAUUCAUUAAAUUACUUAGGUUAGAAAAGACCUUUAAGAUCAUCCAGUCCAACCAUUAACCCAGAAUUGCCAAGCCUGUUGUAAGAUUAAAUGUUGUGCAAACUGACUUUUCAUACAAUCAUAGAAUAGUUUGGGUUGGAAGGGACCUUAAAGAUCAGCUCAUUUCAACACCCCUGCCCCCCCAACCUCUAUUAGAAGCGUGAACAGUACAGUCUUGAGCUGCAUGUGGGAGAAGGACAAAUGUUCAAUGGUUGGGGUCCUGUUCUGUAAAAUGGAAAUUUAACAGGUUUACUUCCCAGUUUUCUUCCCUUCUUAAAUAAUGCCAUGGAUGCUGUCUUGACCAUAUCUAUGCUGCUUUACAAACCUUUGGUGGCAUGUUUGCCCUACAGUAAAGGUGACAUAAGCAUUUAUUAGAUAGUAAACUACAGAAAUUGUUGCAAGCACAUGAAAAUAAUAAAUUCAAUAGUGGUAUCAGCCUUCCCAUAAUGAAAUCCUAAUCUGAAUCCUAUUAACAAACCUCCAUUGCUGUUUUUUUGCAGUAAAAGAUGAUGCCAUGCAUGUUAGAGCAAACACCUGUCCCUGUGGCCUGGUCCUUGGAGGAACACAAAGUUGGUUUAUUUUCA